AUGUCCAAACGUGAAUUAAUUCUCAAAUUAUCAAAUAUUUUUAUCUACCUUGCAACUAUUGGUGUUGUUGUCUUUGGUGGCUACUUGGAUCGGGAUAAAAAAGACAGAGAUGAUGUUUACAUUUUACCAGCCUUUUACACCUUUUGUAUUUGGUUCUUUAUCCAAGCUCUACUUUUUGGAUUCAUAAUUUAUCAAUGGUUUGAACCUGCUAAUGAUGUCACAGUUGAAGGUGUUAGUUGGUAUAAUGUCGCUGCUGGUACAUUAUCCAUCAUUUGGUUUUUACUUGCUUACAGGUUGUCACUUUCAUUUAUACCUAUAGCAAUUUGGACUUCCACAGUUAUGCCAGAUAUUAUGUCUUUUUUAACUUCAUCAACUCCUAAUAUAAUAAGUGCCAAAUCAUACUCUUUUUAUGACAAGCAUAUUCACCCAAAAUCAAAUGAUAAUUACUUUUAA